AUGAUCGAGAAUAUACCAAUCCUCAUAUUCCUACUAAUCGUCCACCAACUCCAUUACCUCGCCCAAAGCCCCCUCCCACUCCAAAAACUUGCUUACGCACUCGGCAUGGUCCAGGUCGAGGAUUCCAAACGUCACCGCUCUGGCUUCGCCCGCACAACUUCUUCAUUCGAUGCAAAGCGCCGCGUUAACAUGAGUGGUAGACAGGAAGGCCAUGGUGGUAGCGGUGCUGGCGGUAUUGUGCGGAGGAGUCGUGACAGUGAUAGUCAACGUGAGAGUUGUUCGUCGAGUGAUGGUGAGAGUGUUGAGUCGCUUGAUGUAACGGGCAUGUUGUUGUCUCGAGACUCAUUGGAGAUGUUGGAAUCACCUGCUGGGUGUCUGGGUGAGGGUGAGGUAAUGGAGAUGAAACAGAGUGUUGAUGUAGAUUUGACGGAAAGUGUGUCUGUUGAGGAGAUGCAGAGUGAUCAUAUUGAAGUGUCACUACACGAGUCUGAUAAAGCCGUGAAGGAAUCACCGUGUAUUUCCACAAAUGUAUCACUGAGUGGUCCCGUGGAAAGAGGCUCGUUUGGGCCUGUCCAGCUAACCGAAGAACCCGAAAGCAAGUACGCAGAACUACCCCAUUAUGGUCCCAUUGAGGGGGAAGAAACUCCCCAGAGCCCUUCUGAGGAACCAUCAGGGCGUCAUUUCCUAACGGGAAUGAAGAAGGCAUUCCAAGAGGAAUCAUUGGAAGACCAGCACUAA